CCUUUGCUUCCUCCCCUCCACCCAUUGUCAAAUUAUUAUUGCUCCUCUCUUCUUUCUCCAUCGUUAUAUCAGACCUAGAUAGAGGAUGAUGGCUUAUGAAGAACGGUUUGGGCAAGUGGAGAGGCCUACAUAUGAUUGCCUUCUAUUUGAUCUGGAUGAUACACUUUAUCCCCUCAGUUCCGGCUUAGCAGCAGCAUGUGGAAAGAAUAUUACAGAUUACAUGGUUGAGAAACUUGGCAUAGAACCGAGCAUAACUCAAAAAUUGGGGAACUUGCUGUAUAAAAAUUAUGGUACUACAAUGGCAGGUCUUAGGGCAAUUGGCUAUGAUUUCGACUACGAUGAAUAUCACAGCUUUGUACACGGGAGACUGCCAUAUGAAAAUUUGAAGCCCGACCCUGUUCUUCGAAGUCUUCUCUUUACCCUGCCUUACCGGAAAGUUAUUUUCACGAAUGCCGAUAAGGUCCAUGCCCUCAAAGUGCUUAGGAUCCUUGGACUGGAGGACUGCUUUGAGGGAAUCAUAUGCUUCGAGACAUUGAAUCCCAAUCCAUGCAAAACGUAUGUGCCUGAUGAAGAUGAUAGAUCAGAGAUAUUUGAUAUAAUUGGGCAUUUCUCUCAACCAGAUAAUGGUGUUGGGUUGGCGCCAUUGCCCAAGACACCAGUGUUGUGCAAGCCGUCUGAAGCUGCCAUUGAAAAAGCUCUUCAAAUAGCUAAUGUUGACCCACAUAGAACUCUGUUCUUCGAAGACAGCGUCCGGAACAUACAAGCGGGAAAGUGUGUAGGCCUUCACACUGUUCUGGUUGGGAAGCCUCAGAAAGUGCAGGGUGCAGAUUAUGUGUUGGAAAGCAUCCAUAACAUGAAGGAGGCAUUGCCACAACUCUGGGAAAGUGACAAGGUUGCACAAGUUAAUUACUCUGGCACUGCUGUUCCAACAUCUGUCACUGCUUAAUUAGGUUAGGUAACUGUCAAUGCCAAUCCGUUGUUUGACGAACCAUGCGGGAGGGGGGGGGGGGGGUUCGUCGGCCUCGAUUGUGAUGUAAUUGUACAUGUGUUCUUGUAGUUUAAUAAAAAAAAUAAGAAUGCUCCUGCUGCUGUAUUAUGCGGAGUAGUAUAAUAAUGCAUUCAUUCAUCCUGUAAAUAAUAUGUUGCGUUUCAUGCAUUCUUAUCAACACAUUCUCAUUUAAUUACAUAAUUUCCAUUGUCAAC